AUUCCAUCACAAUAAGCUAUGUUUGCUGUCCGGAUGUUUCUUGAAGCUUGGGAGUUGGGAGCCUUUUUCCCUCGUUCUUCUGCCUCCCUCGCGGUGAAACCGCCAAACCACUCUUUUCCCACAAUUUUAAUCAUGAAUUUAGUUCGAUUUAACAUUCCCAAUCCUUUUCUUCAUCCUCUUUCACAUAGGAAAAUUGCUGAUAAAUUCCAGGCACUACUCUGCUUCAAAUCCCAAGAAUUCUGAUUCCCUUCUCCUCAAACGCAUUCUCUCACAGCUAUACAGAUGAUGGGAAUGAAUGCGUCGUCGAAGAGGAACAAGGCAUGAAUUCCUUGACAAAUUUCAUGUCAUCGUGAAAAAUCAAGAAGCAUAUGAAUCAAAUUUUGCUAAGAGGUUAAUUCGUGAUGCGUUCUUGCCAUUCCCCAAUGGCCGGAAUCGAUGCUGCAGAUUAUUUUCACAGCCCGGUGCACAAAGCCGUAGUCACUCGCGACCAUGCUGCCCUAGAAAAAAUUCUUGCCUCCAUCCCCUGCAUCUCCCUGCCUUCCCCAACACUGACCGAGGUCGAAUCCAUUGCCGAAGAAGAGAAGGCUAAUGCCGUUUCCGCUGUCAUCGAUCGCCGCGAUGUACCCAAGCGUGAAACCCCCCUUCACCUCGCCAUCAAACUCGGCGACGGCACCGCCGUCCAGAUGCUCAUGGCCGCUGGGGCGGAUUCCAGCCUCCAAAAUUUGCAGGGCUGGAGUCCUCUUCAAGAAGCCAUCUGCGCUCGAGAGGAACGCAUCGCAAAGAUCAUUCUCCGGCAUUACCAGUUCAUAGCCUGGGUCAAGUGGCGUCGCCGAAUGCCGCGCAUUGUCGCUGCUAUGAAUCGGAUGAGAGAUUUCUAUAUGGAAAUCAAUUUCCAUUUCGAGAGCUCCGUGAUCCCUUUUAUAUCAAGAAUCGCUCCAUCUGAUACCUACAAGAUAUGGAAGAAGGGAUCGAAUCUAAGAGCAGAUAUGACGCUCUCCGGAUUCGAUGGUUUGAAGAUUAAACGAGCCAAGCAGAGCGUUUUGUUUUUUGGUGAAGGUUCGGUUGGGGGGAAAGUGAAGCCCGGUAGCUUAUACAUAAUAUCGCAUAAGGAUAAGGAGGUACUCGAUGCUUUGGAUAGAGCAGGGGGCAUGGUUUCUGAUGCUGAAUUGCAACAGGAGUUUGAUGCUCUGUCGAGAACCAGUGUUCUUCGACCAGGGCUUGAUGUCACAGGUGCGGUGCUAGUUCCACAGCUGACUUGGAGAAAUCAGCAAAGGUCAGAAAUGGUUGGGCCAUGGAAAUCUAAGGUGUACGCUUUGCAUAAUGUUGUUGUUAGUAUGAAGUCGCGGCAUGUUUCCGGUGCCAUCAAUGAUGAGGAUCUCAGCACUACUUGCAAGAAUGAUGAAGAAGAUGCUGCAUUUGGUGAUAUGCUCACUGAGGAGGAGAGGAAGAGAUUGGAGACUGUUUUAAAGAUGGAAAAUUCAGAUUCUGCCGAUUUCGAUGAGCAAAAAGAUCAGGGCUUGGUUGUUGAUAUGGCUUAUGGGGGAUCUAGUCAUGUAAAUAAAGAGGGGAAUGGGGAGCUUGAGCAUUGGAAUAAUGGUGAAGCUUCCAAUCAUGAUGUUGAGAAGAAGGAUUUAACUUCAAAGGAGCCUCUCUUUGGUGAAGAGAAGGUGAAUGAUCUCCUAGAAGGCUCGUCUGAGAUGCCAAAUAAGCAAGCAAUGAAUUCAAAUGAUAGUAGCAUAAAUGAGUCCAAAGAAAUUGGUGCAAGUUUGGAGGAUGCUCAUCAACACAAGGAGAGUGAAAGAGAGAUUGAAUAUAGCAAAGGCUUAAAGCCAGUUCUAUGGCUUUCUCCUGAUUUUCCUUUGCAAACACAGGAGCUUCUCCCUUUGCUGGAUAUUCUUGCAAAUAAGGUGAAGGCUGUACGUCGUUUGAGGGAGCUGCUUACCACUAAGCUUCCAAGUGGCACUUUUCCAGUGAAGGUUGCCAUUCCAGUGAUCCCAACAAUUAGGGUGUUGGUCAGUUUCACCAAGUUUGAAGAACUACAAUCUUCACCCCCUGAAUCACUCCACGCACCUAUUCCAACCCCUGAACGGGAAUUCCCUCUAGUAAAUUCUGCUAAUUGGACUCAGUGGCUAAUAUCUACGUUCUCUCCUGAUAACACUCAGUCUGAAGCACCACCAGAGCAUAGCAGCAAUUCCGUAGAUUUGGAGGACCCUUUCAGGAUUCCACCAGAUUAUGUUUGGACAACCUCUGAGGCUAAGAAGAAGAAGAAGAUGCAGGAGGCUAGUGGGAAACAAAAGAAGCGAAUAAUCUUGUAAAAAUGAAGUUGUAAUGGAAGGUGAAUAAAGUCUGCAAAGGAAAAAAAAAUGUUGCUUUUGUUGGGGUAUGUACUUUGUGAUUUUUGCAAACAUGAAACUUGCAAUUGGGGUUGCAAGACCUGAGAUGAUAUUUUCAUCGUCAUUGAUAUGGUGCUUGACAGGUUGGUCUGGUUUUUGAGAAUGGCC